AUUUCUUCCCCACAUUUACGCUUUCCUCUCCCUAUCACAACGAAACCAAAACAAACCACACGAAUUCCUAGCUUUUUUACAUUUUUUACUUCACGCGUCGUAGUUACUGUUUGGAAUUGUUUUUUUAGUAUUCCUGUUACGCUGCAUUGAAGCCCGGUUUCGAAUUCCUAGAAAGUUGCUUCCUCAUUUCGCUUUCCUGUCCGACAGCUCGGAAGAAGCUUUUUUUUGUACAGGCUAUUGUAUUUCAUUUCAUUUCAAGGUAUCACUAUUUUUAUUUUUCUCGGCUUGUUCUGCUUGCCUGAAUUCCAUCUUGUAGGAUUUUACGGGUCUACAAUUUAAAGGGUCUUGCUCUUUCUUUCCUUGGCCUGUUUCUACCUUCAUUGAAUUGUAAAUCUCCUUUCCUUUUCUUCCCCCCUUUCUUUCAUAUUUCUCUCUUGACAAGCUACUUUUCCCUGUUGAUGUUUGUUUCGACGAAUCUCCGCUCCUUCAUCGCCUUUAUUCAAUUCCUCUCUAAUUGCUAUACUUGAAGCCUCUUCCUUCUUUUUCCUUUAAUGUUUAAUCGUUUACGGAAACAUUGUAUUCUUUCAAGACUUCUUUACUUGUAUUAACUUAAUUUCUUCUUUUCUUCUUCUUCCCUCUCAGGCUUUUUUUUUUUUUUUUUUUCUUUUCCUUUUUUUUUCUCUUUCUCUCUUGUUCAACUCUUCUCUCCCCCUUGUUUCAUAAGCGGUGGUGUCUGCUGUACGAUCAGACAUUGUCUUUUUGGUCUUUGUACCUCGGUUAUCGUUUUUGCUUUCUUUUUUUUAGGCUCGUUUCCACUUCCCAUUUCUCAACCAUUGUUUCUUCUUGUCUAAUUUCAACCUCUUAAUUUCUCAUCUCUUACUAAUUUUUCUCCCUUACUAAAUUUCCUGUAUGUCUGUUUUGCAGUCUCCGUCCAUACCUUCCGACCAUCCUUCCAUUCUUCAGCCCUCUUUCUUUGGAUACGUAGGUACUACGUUGGAUGCCCUCUGGUUAUUUCAAGCUUGCCAACAAAACGUCCUUCCCUUCACCCCUCGUCGUCCUCAACGCGAGGAACGAAAACACAUCAUCCAUUCUGGUAAUGUUUUUAUUUUCAAUGAAACCCAAUCUGGUAUCAAACGCUGGACCGAUGGUGUCCAUUGGUCUCCUUCUCGUGUCAUCGGCAACUUUCUCAUCUAUCGACAACUGGGAACUUCCUCUUCCAAUUCAAACGAAAAAGUAGAUACUACCAAAGCUGCAACUGGAAAGCGUACUGAUGAAAGUGGUGGUCCAAAUCAAACAUCUCCUGAAUCCAAUUUUCCUUCCGCUCCUCCUCCUCCCCCUCCCCCUCAUCAUCUGUCCCAUGAGUCUCAUCCCUCCAUACCUAUCGAUGAUGUCUUUUCAGAUUCAAAUAUCUCUGUAAAUCACCCUUCUCAGUCUUCGAAUCCAUUAUCCACGGCCGCUUCUAAUCCCUCCACUCUUCCAGCAAAAUCAGAUUUCCCUCCUACGUACCUUCAAGAUCCCGCUAGGUUCUUGUCCACUUCUUCCGCAUCUGUUCAUCCUAUACCAACCCAGUCUUCUGACCCUCUGUUCUCCCACCACAACAAUCUUGCCCCUACUUCUACCUCUACGACUGGUCCUACCCCCAUUCCUUCUGCUGGCGAGGAUAUAAAACCAUACACAGGUGGUGCCUCCUCUGUAUUGGCUUCCGGACAAAAUUACCCAGAUACACUUUCUCGAUCCUUCCCAUCCUUUCCCGCUACCUCAAAUCCUCCUGCUCCUUUACAGCCACAGUAUCCUAUGAAGCGCCGUCUUUCUGUACCAUCGUCUACCUCCACUUCUUUGUCUAAUGGGUUUCCCGUUAAUUCUGCGCUCUCUUAUCUUCAUGAUAGUGAGCGUGCUUUGGUUGGAUCUUUAAACGAUGCAUAUUCUUUCAAAGAAGGAGGCCUUGUCAAAAAAACCAUUUCUCUGACUAUCAACGGGCAAUUGCAUCACCUCAUCUCUUAUUAUACUGCAGAAGAUGUAUUGAGUGGAAAAUUGAAAACACCAAGCUCCAUGCCUCUCUUCCGCCAGCUUCCCAUUUCCCCGGAAUUAUUGGAGAGUAAAAACUUUCGUAUUCCACCCUUAGUCGAAGCAGCUGAGUCGGAAAAAAUUUCUUAUUGGAAUUCUGUCUCUUCAUCUUGCGAUACACAACAACAACAGCCGACAUCUCUUGCUUUGACUGGUGCUUCUGCUUCCGUCCCAGAUGUGGAUUCUUCUUAUCAUUUUCAAAACCUCACGCUUUCCACUUCUCCUUCAUCUAAUCUACCACCGACUUUUAAUGGGAACAGAACCUCACCAUCAUCAUUGCAACAACAUCCUCAUCCUUCUUCCCAGCUUCCUUUAUAUGGUAAAUCUCCCAACCAAAUGCCAAAUCCAGAUAUGCCGCCUAUACCGACUUUUAGCAGCCAUGCUCCUCCUCAUUAUUCAGAAAAUCCAAUUCCUACUAUGACCGCAAUGCCAGAGUCUUCUGCGUAUCCAAAUCCAGUUUUUAUAAAAAAUGAAUAUAACGAAGAUACCUCUGGUGUCCACAGUGAGUUACCUUCCUUUCAUACUAGAGAAGAACCUUGGAUUGAUAAAGAUGCGUUAUACAAUAACUCUCGGCAGUACCUCACGGCCCAUUCCACUUUCCCUCAGCAAUCUACACCUCAUAACACGGCACUUCCCGGUUAUGCAAGUCUACAAGAAACAAGCAACCCAAGUCUUGAAUCAUUUGAUCGUAAUAUGCAUAGGCAUUCAUUAAGUACAAGUCAACCCAGCUCAAUAGUUCAAUAUGACACUGGAUUGGCUUACCAAUAUCCAAUUAAUCAGAAUAUGAACCCUACGGGAGGCCUACAUGGAAUGUCUGAAUACUAUUGGAACAAAGACGCUCACUUACAGCCCCCAAUGAUGCAUCCCUCCCAAGGAAAUGCUAUGUAUAUGAGUGCGGGCCAAAGUUGGAUCCCUAAUUCCAAUAUGAAUAUGCAAUCUAAUUCUGAAUAUCCAUUUCCUGUACAACAGGAAAUUAAUUCUUCCUCAACGAAAAGAAGAAGCACAGUUAGUCGUUCUCCAAAGAUGUUUCUUCCUAUUCCUAAUUCUCGCAGGGGUUCCGUUCCUUUAAUACAAACAAAACAAUUACCGAUGCGCUCGACAGGAAACCGUGCUUUUUCACCUGUCAAUACAAUACAUCGUUCUGCAUACCGUGCUCAUCCAUAUCCCAUCUUGCCUAAUGUUUCGCAAGUUCAAUAUCAGCCAGACGAAACCAACAAACCGAUGCGCUAAUCAAAGGAUAAAGUUACUUUUAAUGGAUUUGCUCUGAUCACUGAUAAUAUAAUGUAUUUUUAAUGCUCCGGAUUAUUCUAUCCUGUGCUAUAAUUUACUACGACUUUUUUUUAUUUUUUACUUAAAAAUCUCUCCCCCUCUCUUUUAUACUUAUUUUUAGCUUUUUUAUGGUUUCAGUUAAUUUUUAUACGCUACAAAAGAAAAUGACAAAAGAAUUCUUCCUUAUUUUGUGGUAAGCUUUGCACAUAUUUGAAUCAAGGAUAGUUAUAUUUGUUUUAAACUAAAUAAAAUAAAGACUUUUUCGC